AUGUCCAAAAUGGCCCAAGUCAACGGCGACCUCCCGGCUGUCAACUCGGCCACUGCUCAGCACCUGCUGGAUAUUCCUGUCUUCCAUGAUGGCGUUGUUGCCUUCAGGAACAACCCCUAUGGCAAGAAGUCAAUCGCCCUUAGUGAUUCUGUUUACCAAACGCUUGCCGUUCCCUUCAUUCCCUACUUUCGUCGCCCCUGGGGCUACUUGCGCCCGUAUGCCGAGAAAGCCGACGCUCUCGGAGACCAAGCUCUGACCAAAGUCGAGGAGCGCGUCCCAGUCAUUAAGAAGCCUACUGAGGAGCUGGUCGCUGGCGCCAAGGCCAUUAUAGCCUUACCAAUCCGCACCGGUCUAGAGGCUAAGGAUCACGUCUUUAAGACAUACGCUCAGGAGAAGAAGAAGGUUGGCGGCGACAACCUGGUGGCCUACAGCAAGGCCCUGGUCAGCACCACCCUUAUCACCAGCAGCGAACUCAUUAUCUGGGUUGGAGACAUCAUUCACCACAAGAAGGAAGAAACUAAAGAUGUCGUGAACGAGAAGGCUAACAACUAA